ACUGUGAAAGUCCAUUACUGAUAUUCCCCUUUCCUUCCUCUUAAACCAAACCCUUAUAGACAGAAUCCCUUGGGGAUGGAGAGCUUUAGAAAAGUAAUGUUUGUGAGGUAUAUUUAGUGCUGUGGCAAGCUGGUUGACUUAGUAAUUAAUAAACGUGGUGUUAAGUCUGGUGUUGGUAGUAAGGUCAAUAACACCAGCCAAGUGUAUCCUGCAGUCAGUAUCGCUUCGUCAGUGGGAGAGGGAGGUUGCUGCCGCUCCAGUGUGCCCUUUCUAAAUUAAAAACACAUACAAAAUGACGUUACUUCGCAGCCUCUGACACACACAUAACCUAGUUGAAAACUAAGUCAAUCCAAGGUGCUCAGUAAUAUAAGAAAUCGUACACGAAGUAGAGAAAGCCUAACAUAUGAUUCAAGCUAUUUCUGACCUAUUUUUUUCUCUGGGAUAGGCUGUGAGUCCCUCAUGAAGAGGCUCAGACCACAACCUUGACACCAUCACAGUGCUGACCUAAUAUUAUACCAGGCUCCAGCCUCUUAUGGUGAUUCAUGGUGCUGCAAGCCGGCCCUUGCUACCGGUGGUGAUGCGUUGGCGGCAGCUGCAGGUGGCGUUGCUGCAGGUGGUGAUGCAGGUGGUGUUGAUGGUGCUUCUUCCACUCACCAUCACCACCACCACUCUAGCCUCUCCUCUAGCCUCGCCUAGCCUUCUCACACCAUACUACCCAGGUGUCAGCGCUGAUGAACGUCAGCUGAAGAUCGAGCCGAAGAGGUGCAGGAGUCCUGAAGGGGAGCCAGGGAGCUGCAUGUUCAACUUUGAGUGUAUCCAGCUCAACGGCAAGGUGGUCGGUACCUGUGUAGACGGGUUCCUCUUCGGCGCCUGCUGCAACGUUCCCAUGGACCUCGAUGUUACUACCGUGCCUCCUGUGGGAGGAGCAGCUGCAGGAGAGGCAAAUGUUAAAAUUCCUGAAAAAAUACAAGGGGCAGCUGGGGUUGAUAUACAGCAGGUAGUUGGUAGUGAUACACAGGAGGAUCAGGAGGCGGCGAGUAACGUUGAUCAAACAGAGGAAGUUACAGAUCAACAAAUGACAGAAAGUGAUCACCAGCAGUUGGGGACCGAAGGUACCAUCAUCGAGGAGGUAGAUUUAACGUCUUUCUUCGGCUCAGGUCAACCUACCAUACCUAGUGUUUCUCCGGAGGUGGAGACAAGCCAGCAGUCUGACAGUGGAGAUUCCCAAGGCGUUUCCAGCACACCUUUGUCGCUCAUGCAGCACCCGAGUGACAGUCAGAAGUUGGAUGUGACGGAGAGUUCUGUGGACAGAUCAACGGACUCUGGCGUGGUAGGUGGCACAGAGGGAAUCCAUCAGGAGGAAGUUACUCCCGGGAAAGAGGAAGCAACAGUACCCGUGGGAGAGACUGAGCCAACAGAAAUACAAGAUACUUCGACUACAGACGGUGUCGGUGUUAUCUCCACGGAUCCCUCGUCAUCGCCAGCUACUACUGCUGCUGUUGAAGACUCCACAGACCAGUUGAUCCAGGUGACGAAAACUGCCGAUGUAAAGGACCAAUUAGAGUCGUCGGUGAUAGAAUAUGAUGGUGAGUUUACAGUCACUAACCAACCUUUGUCUGCUUCCUCCAAUGAGUCCAUGCCCGAGUAUCAGGCAGAGACAGAGACUGAGAUCCCACAGCCUCUUACUGACACUGGCACUAUCACCACUCUCGUCCAGAGUGAGACGAGUGAGGAACCAGGCUUCGAUCUUUAUGACAACACUGAAGACGUCCCACUGAUGACGAUGCCAGAUGGUCCAGAAGGGUUUGUUACACAACAAAUUUCAACCAUUGACCUAACAGACCAGCCCCCGGACAUGACCCUGGACGAGAACACUGAGAGCCCUUCCGUCAACAUCCAGCCAGGUAUACAUACCACGAUGGACACGAUGCAUUUUGAGACCAAACCGACGUCUCACUUGCCAUACCCUCGACCUACGACCAAGCCCGAGAGGAAGACUACGAUGACUCCAACAGAUGCAUUAACACAGACUGAGAUACUUCUUUUCUGGAGCGCCAGGCCGACACCCUCAAAAUUCUCUCGACCAAGCUUAAUGAGACCUCAAGCAACUCCAGCUCCGAUAAACAUUACUGCCGAAACCAAUUUCAAUAUUUCGGUUAUGAGUUUUGAGGAGGAGAUCACCACCGACACUCCCCCGAGGUCCACUUUUCCUCCCAGACCUGAUAUGUUCCGUCCGAAGCCAGAGGAAGCAAUGAACACAGAGGAAUCAAACUUGCCAACGAUUCCUGCUACACUAGGAAGUUCACAAGACGCCACGAUGGUAGAAACUACAAAAAUGACCACAGGGCAGAUGGGCACGACACCAAAAAUAACGACAGAGUCUCUUUUGAUCUGGACACUUUCUCCCCACCCUCCGAUACUGGACGCAAGACCUCCCAUGUCUGUGAUUUCGCAAGUGACGUCGACGACCAAGGGGCCGAGACCUACGGUAGAAACUACCUCAGCUCCUUCAGGAGGAGGAGAUGAUGCUACAGAAGAUCCGCUGCUCUUCUGGACAGUGUCGCCUCAGCCUCCCAUCAUGGACAUACGACCACAGACGCCAAACCCUUCCAUCAUUUGGAUGGUUUCCCGCACCACCCAAACUACCCCGACUACAACAACAGAACUGAAUCUAGUGGACCCUCUCGCUUUCUGGACAACAACGCCACUCAGCAAACCACCACCACAUCCAACGAUAAUAAAUGAUGUGGCCUUACCACUUUUGAUCUGGACGACUCCUAAACCCCUAACAUCUGGCAUGGCAUCAUCUCCUUACCGCCUUCCGACUACGCAAUCCGAGUUACAGUCGACGGAAUUUCUGACACCAACGACAGUCGGAGAAGACUAUGAUGAUGACAUAUACAUGGAACCCGCCAUUAUACCUGGAGAUGUCCUCCAGCACAUUACUGGAGAAUUACCAGCGCAGAACUACCACACCACCACCACCACACCCGCUCCUACUACUAACCCGCCACUAUCCUGGUCAUCCUCCACCUUCCCCAUGCAUAACAUUGUUUAUCAGGAACCAUCUGAUAAUGCCAUCUCUGCCUCCAGACCACCUCCACCUACCACAUUAACACCUCAGACCAUAGCUACGACCAGACAAACCACUGCUACAACCCAACAAACGACAUCUACGACCCGACCUUCCAUCACAGUGACACAAAGAACCACAUCCCCCACCGAGCCCACCACCACAACAAGACGGACUCCAGCCACAACAAGACGGACUCCAGCCACAACAAGACGGACUCCAGCCACAACAAGAUGGACUCCAGCCACAACACGACCCACCACAACAACACGACGGACCCCAGCCACAACACGACCCACCAUCACUAUGCCCAAACCAACGACGGAAGAACCCAUCUCCCCAGUUGACCAAUUCAUCGUUGACUUCAUCAACUCUUCCCCAUCUGAGGAGACAUCAAGUACUACCCAGGCCUCCCCACCCAUCGACCUUGACCUCCUCUCUCAGCUGUUCAACCUUACGAACUUCGUGCCGGGAGAGGAGAUACUCUUCCCCCCACAGAACCCACCUACCACCACUACCAGAAGACCUACCAGACCACCUCGCCCUACUAUUAGAACCAGACCCCGACCUACUACAUCCAGACUUAAUCUCCCCUUCCUCAUCAGGCGGCCAACUACCGCCACAACUACUACUACUACUACCACCACCACCACCACCACCACUACCACCACAACAACAACCACUCCUACCACCCCUGCCUGGGACUAUAAGACAAGUUGUGGUGUACGACCUCUGGCACGGGAGGCGAGGAUCGUGAACGGUGAACGAGCAGACUUUGCAGAAUGGCCCUGGCAGGCACUAGUCAAGGAGUCCACCUGGCUAGGCAUCUUUACUAAGAACAAGUGUGGUGGUGUCCUGCUCAACCAUAGAUAUGUGCUGACGGCGGCCCACUGUCAGCCUGGGUUUCUGGCGUCGCUAAUUGUCGUCCUGGGAGAAUACGACCUCUCAGACGACUACGAACCCAAGCAGACGGUGCAGAGGAACGUGAAGAGAGUGGUCGUUCACAGGGGCUAUGUCGCUAAGACUUUCGACAACGACCUGGCGCUGCUGGAGAUGGAACGACCUGUGGCCUACGACGAGCACAUCGUGCCCAUCUGCAUGCCCAGGGGCGACGAGGAUUUCCUUGGCAAGAUGGGCUAUGUCACAGGAUGGGGACGACUCUCUUAUGGAGGACCGGUGCCCACGCAGCUCAACGAGGUAGCACUGCCCAUCAUCAAGAACAGUCAGUGCCAGAAGUGGUUCAUCGAGGCAGGACACAUCAAGAACAUCAAGCCUGAGUUCUUUUGCGCAGGUUACAAGCAGGGCAAGAAGGACUCGUGUGAGGGUGACAGUGGUGGCCCACUGUCUGUACGAGGCACUGACGGGCGCUGGGUGCUAGCAGGCACCGUCUCCCAUGGCAUAAAGUGCGCCUACCCCAACCUUCCAGGGGUCUACAUGCGCAUGAGUUACUACAAGCCUUGGAUUGAGAGCAUUAUUAAUUGAUCUUGGCCUAGUUUAGUUUAAUAUGUUUAUUAUGCACCCCAUACCCAUCCUGUGGGCGGUAGUCAAAAAGAUUACAGAAGUACAUAAUGGGACCAGGGACUGGGCCCCAAAGUUUUGAUAGCUGAGCAAGUUACAAAGGUCUUGGCCUAGAGACUAGAUAUUUAGGUUGUGAUAUAGAUUAUCUUAUUAUAUUUAUACAAAAACACAACGCAGUCCUAUUUUGGUUGUAUAAGUCAUACAGUGCGCUUACAGUUGUAGCCUAUUGGCUACACGGUAAUUAUCACUAUACCACUAGGCAAAAUACAUUAAUAAUUGAAUGAGGGUAUUUAUUUAUUUUUAUUUUCAGUGGAAAAAAUCAAACGCCACAUAUUUUAAAUAUGACUCAGUGUAUAUACAUAGAUAUUCACCUUGGUGUGUGUGUAUAUGUAGAUAUUCACUUUGGUGUGUGUGUAUAUAUACAGAUAUGCACCUUGGUGUGUGUGUGUGUG